AGAAGUCAUCUGAUAAACUACAAGACAUGCCGUAUUGUUGUGGUGUAGUUUGUGUAAUAGUAAUUCUGUGGUCUCAAGAAAUCAAAUGCCUCCAGCUUGUCAGUCUUCAACUUCCAAAUGUAGUAAUAAGCGGCGAGCCAGCAUGGCUCAACUGUACGUACGACUUAGAAACUGAUGCUCUGUAUGCCGUGAAAUGGUACAAAAACGAAACUGAGUUUUACCGUUAUGUUCCACGUGACGUUCCUCCUGCCCAGACUUACAACCUCCCGGGAGUUUAUAUAGAUUUGGACAAGUCUCAUGGAGGUCACGUGUAUCUUAAGGCAACAGACAUGGAUUCUGAGGGUACUUACAGAUGUGAAGCGUCAGCCGAGGCUCCUUCAUUUCAAACUGUAAUGGGGGAAAAGAAAAUGAAAGUGUAUGUUAUACCACACGAUGGCCCUGACAUCGAAGGCAUCCAACCGAAAUAUGACGUAGGAGACAACGUUAAUGUCACUUGCAGGUCUUCACCGUCUCAACCAGCUGCCAUAGUCCAUUGGUUUAUAAACGGCAAAGAGCCUCCCGAAGACUUUUUAACCGCCUAUCCAGAGAGCGAACGCAUUGGUGGCCUCAUUAGUUCUAUGCUAGGCCUUUAUUUUGAGGUCACACCUGAGCACUUCAUACGAGAUACCCUAACUCUGAGAUGUUCAGCUAUUAUUUCAAACAACUACUCCUUGAGCAGUGAGGAAAUUAUCAUAGGCGGCGGUGUUUCGCCUUCAAGCCCUUACCCAAGUUUAGGCUCCAAUAAAGGUCCCAUAAUCACAGGUGGAUAUUCCGCUUAUCGAAUCAAUGAUGUUGUCGAUGUCAACUGUUCUUCGACCACUUCUAAGACUCCUGCAUUUCUUCGCUGGUUCAUAAAUGAAAACCAAGCCUACAACAGGUACUUGGUGAACUAUCCCUUCCUUCUGGGCAGAGAUGGAACGAUCACAAAUGUUCUAGGGCUCCGAUUUGUUGUAAGAAAGAAACACUUUCAAAACGGAGAAAUGCAUCUCAAGUGUACGUCGACCUUAUCUGAAGUUAUGAACAUGACCACCAGGGAGGAAGUAUUUGGCAGUCAUCAUAAGAAUUCGGGAUUUCACGCAUCCGAGAGCAAAGCACAAGGAAAUGGUGUUCAGCCAAUCAGAAGUUAUUUUCUUCCUGUUCCUCUGAUCGUCGUAUUAGCAGUAAAACGUUUGACCAAACCAGUCUAGCGAGGCUGCAACUGGAAAAAAAGCUUGACGCUGAUUUGACAGUGUCUUGAACUCUAGUGAUAAAAACUUAGACAUUAUGUCUAUUUGCCACUAUAGUUUUGACAUACAUUCCAUUAUAUAGUAGAAUGGUGUACUUCAUGUUUAUAAUGUAUACUUGAUGGAAAACAUGCGCGAUGGAAUCUGUAACUAAGGAAAAAUAUCAUAUACUAUCCUUCUUAAAACAUAUGUAAGUUUGUAUAUCAGUACUAUAUACUUAAAAGAUGCGGGUUUAAAUAUCACGAAAUGUUUUAAGUAAACGUGUAAAUCCAGGAUUACCACAUGUAAUUUAAAACAGCGUUAAAUGUUUUAAAUAAAUGUUUAAAAACAAAAGUACUACAUUUUUUGUACUUUUUGUAGGUGGCUUAUGAGUAAAGACUGAGAGUAUGAUAUCAUUUUUGACGUGUUUAUGUAUUCUAGCAAUCGAUCAAUAAUUCCACUUAAAAAAAAUAUUUUUUAUUCUGUUUGUUAUCUAGUUAGGGCAACUAAGCACUUUUAAAUAUGGAUUACUUGGUUAAUGUAUUGCUAAACUUUGUAUUCUUAUUUACUCAGUUGUACACUGUCUCUACACAAACAUGACACAACUAUAUAUGUAUGUAUAAGUGAUAUAAAAACCAACAAUAAGAAAAAAAACACCUCAGAAAAUCUUUUAUAUAUUGCCAAAGAAAUGCAUCAGAAGAUUAUAAAAAUGUGUAAUAUUGUGCUAAUUAUCUAUUUACUAAUCUUAUUUGGUCCUUAUACAUUCGGUCAUUCAUUAUUUAUGGAAGGGUUUCGUGGCCUUCAACCCUGACACACCAAAAAGCAUCAUAACUCAAUUAAAAAUGAUGAAAAAAGAACAUCAAACGUAGUACUCAUAUUCACUUUGGUAUAAAAAAGCUGGUACUACUCUUUGUAUUCAAAUGAAAUUUAUAAUACGCAUCAAUCAAUAAAAUUAGAAUACUAAAAUACCUGAUUUUUUCCGGUUUUUUUUCCCUUGUGCAGAUAAAUCAUGUUUUUUUUUUGUGAGUCAAAAGAAAGAUGAUUUAUUACCCAUAGAAAUUUUGUGACGUUUUAAACAACCACAACCAAUUAUAAUUCCAGUUUCGUUCUUAAUUAUCACUUUAUGCCUGCUAAAACGUUCAUAAAACCUUACGUACAACACGUUAUAUGGUUUCUAAAUAUACGUCUUUAUGAGACAAUAGAUGGCGCUGUAUAUUGUAAAACCAAGUAUAAUUAAUGUAAAAAAAAAACCACGUUGAAAUAGAAAUAUAUUUGUUUCUAUUCCAACGUUGUUUUGUAUGUUGCUGUUUCAACUUUGUGUUUCUACAAUGAUUUGAUUUUAUUCCAUUAUUUUCACAUCUUUUUUGUGCAUUUCAGCUCUUUUGACAGAUAUAUAUAUACACACAGACACAAUUUCGGUAAUUGGGAACUACAUUAGGUCAACACUUUUGAGUUUCAUACUAUAUAUAUAUUUAACUCGUGACUAAUAUGACUUGGCUAAUAUGUUGAAAAUCAGGUGCCAAGACUGGUAAACCUUUAUAAAAAAAAAUUGAGCGAAGCAUAGGAUCUAGACCAGAAGUACUUUACAUAAAUAAAAAUUUCGUUGCCUAAAUUAUGAUCUUACGUAGAUUUUAGGAAUUUCAAAGUAUCUCCGUUCAACGAAUAAAAAAAAAUAAUAUUGCCAGCAUUAGAUGAUAAAUACUUCUAAAUAUAUUUACAGAUUUAUUGAUGAAUAAGGAAAUGAAACUCAAAAGUGAAAGGUGUGUUUAACUUUUAAGUGAUAUUUGUUGCAUUCCUGGUGUGCUAUUAAUUUUAUUUGAAAGUUUUCAAUAUAUACAUACAAUGCACAAACGUUGCAUAUUUUUAAAACGUUUUAAUUACACUUCCUGUACCAGUUUUACAAGCCGUUUGCUACUCUCCAGUUUAAGUUAAUGAAACAACUUUAAAAUCGUAUAAGAUUGGCGUUAAAUCGUUAAUUUAAUUAGCAUGUGUGUGUGAACUGUAAAUGAAAAUAUAUAUAUUAUAAGCAACGUGGGAGAGCAACAAAUAUCCCCUGGCGGGAUAGUGGUAAGUAAGUCUUCAGAUUUACAACGUUCAAAUUAAGGAUUCAAUUCCCCUCGGUGGACACGGUAGAUAGCUUGAUGUGGCUUUGUUCUAAACAAGCAAUUUUAUCUAAAUAUCGUUGGUAAACUUCGUGGAAGUUAUUCUUAGUUAUUAUUUAUUUAAAAAAAUUAUACUACUUAAGAAACCAGUUUCAGAAAAUUAAUAAAAGCUACGAAACUUGUACAAGAAACUUAAUACAAAUUACUGGACCGGUACAACAAAGUUAAAAUAACUUAUUGACAUCAGAAGGUUACUAAAGUUUACAAAACACGUGCAAAAAAUUUAAUAAAAGUUGCGAAAACCUACAUAGCGUUUAUGUUUAUUUUAUAGUCGAAACCAUUACCAAGAUAGUUUGAUUUUGUUAAGAAAAAACUCGCCUUCUCAGAAGGAAUAUUGUCCAACUUGAUUAACUAGUUAUCUCUAAUGUUUUAUCAUCUAUUAUCUUGCUUUAAAUGUUCAUUAUUAUUCCAAAAAAGUAUGCAUUUGUUUGAUUGCUUACUUUUUUAAUAGCCUUCCUUGUUAGGGUUGGCAUUGAGUAAAAAGCAAAAAAAAAAUCAACCAACUGAUGCUUAUCAAACUAUUAACAAAAAUAUGAAUUCAUGUCUUAAAACUAUAUUUAUAUAUUUGCUUAUUUUUCAUACAAAUAUUUUGUUUCGGGUUUCAGAAUCUAGCUGGUUUUCGUAAUUAUUGAACUGACGUCUUACACUUCAUGCUUAGUGUGUUAUCUACAAUAUUGUAUCAAGCUUUUGCAAGCAUUGUAUAUGCAUUUCAAUGUCUUUUUUAGAACAAUUUGUUACGAUGAAACUUGUUAAAAAGUUCAUAACAGAUAACUUAAGCAAACAUUAAUACACUGCUUGUGUAUACCUUGUUUGUAGUUUACUGGUGUUGUAUAAACUUACUACAGAACAUAAUUUUACCCAUAAGUCACAUUAAUAAUGUUUUUAUUGUUAUCAUUCUGAAUUAUUUUGUUUCGAACAUUUAGAUAACUUACAGUUUUUUGUGUUCUCAAACACUCUAUAAUUUGUAAAACAUUCAUAAAGUUAUUAUGACCGUUACCUCAAUAUUUAAGCAUACGUAUUGAUCUUGAUACUUAAAAUUGCUGUAACAUAUCGUUUGUAUAUAUAUAUAUAUGUUUUUAUUAUUUAGUUAACCUCAUUCUGCAGAUGUUACCGUACUUGAAUAUAACGAUAUGUUAUUGGUAUCUUCUUAGUCUCGUCCAAGAUUAGCAUAAGAUUGUAAAUGAAUAUACAUAUGUAGCCUUGUUAAUUUUCACUGUAAUAUUAUCGUCUCUCAAACACGUAGCCUUUGGAUUGUAGUAAAAAUAUGAUAAUAAUUUUGCCUCUCUAUAUAAAUCUUAAUAAUUACAGUGAAAACCCAAACUUCAAAAUUGUUUUCGUGUGAUGAUGAACAUGUAUGCGUGUGUACAGUUUGCACUUAGGUGUAAAAAAAGGUUAUAAAUCAUCCAAUAAAACAGUUGUGUCCUGUC